AAGUAAAUAUCAACAACGUGCGCGGUUAUGCCCUAACUUGGCUCAAUAGCAUCUACCACUCAUUCUCAUCGGCCAUAGCCUCGGCGGAUUGAUAAUAAAACAGGUGGGUUGAAUUCUCGUCCAGCAAAUCUACACUAUGUUAAGAGCGCUGGAAGGCAUGGUCAAAGUGUGCGAAAGACCAAAACCUCGACUUUCUUCGGCGUGCGAUAUACGGCCUCGUAUUCUUUGGCACUCCACAUGAUGGUAUGGUAACAGGGCCUUGGCUACAAGCCGUCAUCGACGAACCGCCAGAAAAUCUAGUGCGGGAUCUCACUCCCGAUUCACCAACUAUGAAGGCCCUCAGGGAGGACUUUACGAAAGCAAAUAAAGACAUCAAAAUAGUAAGCUGCCACGAGCGCCGCGAAACACCCACCGCAGUAAAGCAAGAAAAUGGGACUUUGAAGCGCUGUGGUCCUCCGGCGAUGAUGGUACGCGAAGGGUCCGCGUGCUUGGGUUGGGACAACGAGAAGACGAUACCAAUUAAUGAGAAUCAUUCGAUGAUUGCCAAGCUAACACGCAAAGAAGGAAGCGCAUACCACAGGGUUAAAGAUGCCAUCGCUGAUACGAUUAGAGAGGCCCAAAUCAUUGUCCCGAGACUCUUCCAGAACUUCAACAUCCGCGAACAGCUGCGUAACAUAGCAUCGACAUCAACCACUCUAUGUUACGCCGUGCAGUCAGCGACAAGCUCCGAGUCAGACGUCCGCGGGUCAAUAGAACAAGGGCUGGUCAGGAUGUCUGGAUUAUGUGAUACGUUACUUCAUGAUCAGUUCGGUGAUUUCUUUCUCGGAACUCAGGCCCCUUCAAAAUACGUCGACCUAAUAGCUAGGGAUAUCGAAGAACUGGCCCACACCAUCCAGACUUACUUGAGUUUUGACAUGACGAACGACGAAGCUCAACCACUGGAUACUGUCGUCCAAUUUGGCUCUAAAGUCUUCCGCCUGACUGAGACACUACAGCAGACGAUGUCGUCGCGAAUGCUCCAGACUUCAAGUGCCGCAUCCUUUUCAGGGCUAUCGUUUAGAGAGUCGGGACUCGCCCAUAUCGCUCGCCAGCAACAAUUAUUUCGUUCUGCUAAGCAAUUACAACCGGCAACCCCUCUUCCGGGAGCUCUUCGUCUAUUUUCCAAACACUCCGAUCCAUGCUUCAGAGAAGACUUGACGUUGGGCCAAUACACACCCGAUGGUCGAGCGGGGUCACUCCAAAGCCAGACAGUCAUUGUAGAACAUAGGCGAUACAAUCCCCCGAAACAAGGCACUCACGAGAUUUCAUCGGAGGAAAAACAACGUGCCAUGGAUGUUAAGGUCCAAACUCAGAAGCUUGCGGCAAUUCUAAGCCAAAUAGAUAAGGAUCCGAAUACCAUCGACUCCCUUCAUAGCUUACGUUGUCUAGGGUUCGUUGACAACGACAAGCUAGGCGAACUUUCUUUCUUGUAUGAGAUCCCAUCAGCGUACUGUUCACCAAAUGGCAUGGUUUCUCCCCAAUUUAUGACUCUAAAACAGGCCAUUCAGAAACUUGCGAGGUCCCCUCUAGAAGUCCGUUUCAGUUUGGCUUAUCGGGUUUGCGUUGGACUCCUCAAUAUUCACAAUUCCGGUUGGGUGCAUAAAAAUAUUUGCUCAUCUAAUAUCCUAUGCGCCGUGGCCAAAGAGAGGGACGAAACUUUGAGGGUCACCCAUUGGGACUUAUACAUCAAGGGCUUCGAGGCCUCUCGAGAGGCUCUUGCAAAGUCGAGUCUCUCAGGAGAAUGGGACGAAAAUACACUCUACCGCCACCCGGACAGGCAAGAGACACCGUUAGAGAAGUUCAACAAGGGAUAUGACAUAUACUCCCUAGGGCUCGUUCUCUUAGAAAUAGGUACCGGUGAGCUCAUUGAAAAGCUUUAUGCUAACGUCCGAGGCCGCCUUCCGCCGGGAGAAGACUUUACGCCUUUCGGGUGGCAAAGUGUGCUUCUGAAAUGGGCUAAACGGAAGUUACCAAGUGCGAUGGGAACUAGAUAUGCAACGGCUGUUGCAAAAUGUAUCGAGGGAGAAUUCCAGAUUUCUUCUGAUAAUGACCAACAAACAGAAUUGGCGUUAAUGUUCCAGCGCACACUUCUCCAGUCGAUAGGAGCAGGUGUAAUGUUUUAAGCCAGUUGAAAAUAUAGUUAUUGAUUUCAUAAGUACAUUUUAACAUUAAACCCAGUACUUGUUGUCAUGAAUUUUAGUUUAGAUUGGAGAGUCGACCCGAACUAUCAUGCCAUAAUUGGAGGGCACUUUUAUUAGCACAUUCGAUACCCC